AUGGACGGGAUGGACGGGCAGACUGCACCCAUGGCCGAUGCCAUCCAUGUUGCAGCCGACCCGAGCUUAGGGGCUGGCGAAGAACACAUGCAAAGACACGCUCUGAACCACUCUGAGGCAGGGGACUUUACCUGCUCUCGCUGUAGUGCUCACUUCAGGCGGCCGGAUCUUUUAGACAGACACAUGAAUCGCCACCGUCAGAGAGACGAAGAAGCUGGUGGACCUGGCUUUGGCACCCUCGACACCCGCAAGCGCUCCUGGAAAGCUCCGGACGGAACGGUUGUCUCCAAACGACCCCGGCCCUCAGAGGCAGACGACCCCGGCCCGUGGGUCAAUUCCGAGUUCGACGGGGCGAUACAAGUUGUUUCACCACCUGUGUCCGACGAGGGUCGAUACAACCAGAGUACUCAUCCAUAUCAAAUUGUUCAAGAAACAGACGACGACUUUGGUGGCUGUAUUGAUGCCCUCGACAAUACGGCUGGUUUUCCAACAGACUCUGUGGCCACUUACUUUCCACAUGUUGGUUUGGGCUAUGCCGAAGAGUCAAAUCUCACAAACACACAACUAGGCCCGUCACCGAACAAUGGGCAACUGGAAUACCAUCCCGUUUUCCAACCCGAUACCGCCAGCUCUUUCAAUAUGCCAUAUACCACUGCAUUGGAUUACAACUGGCUUUUUAAUCUAGAGGCAGCUACUGCAUCUGGCUUUGGGCUCACAAGCGCCAGAGAUAGCUUUUCAGAACCAACCAUAUUCAACGACACCGGGGCUGGAGAGCCACAGAAGGCCGAUAUGGCGCCACCUCAACAAGCUCAAAAUCCCACACCAGAGUCUCUAACCAGCGCGACUUGGCGCAGCUGGCAUGAGGAUAAGUCGGAUGAAAAUGCGCGGGGGAGUGCGCGUUCAUCCGCAGAGAUGCGAGUUUCCUCAGUCGGUAGGGAGACAAGGACAGCGAGGCAAUCCGAUACGUUGGAUGAUCAUGGUCAGCGAACAGGCGCAGAGAGCGGCUCGAGACAGCAAAAAACCUCCGACAGAAGGGCACCAAGCAGGAAUGAGAUAGAUCCUCGGCUUCGCCCACAAAUGUCAAAGAGGAUUAUCAAUCGCGAACGACCAUUGUCAAUGCUGGAGGCUUUCACAAUGAUACCAAAAAUCGAUCAAGAGAUACUAGAUCGGCUUCUUGUUGUCAUCGAAGCUGCCGACCCCAACAUCCCGGACCAGCCGCCCAACACGUCGAAGCAACAUGAUAUGAGCCAUCUGUUUCAUGGCCUCUUGAUAAACCUCAUCCGGAGGUCAGACUGCCAGAGUAUCACAAAGACCCCCGCGCCACAAGACGGUGUUUCCUUGGCCGAGGCUUGGAAGCUCUGGGCAAUUGCAGAACAGAAAAAGAGGCUCGCGCUUCUGUGCUUUAUGUGGGACACACAGCACGCAGUUUUGUUCUGCCAGAGUCUUUGUAUGUCCGCGUUCGAGUUACGCUGCGCGAUGCCAUGCGCCCAGGCCGUGUGGGAAGCCCCAGAUGCUGAGCUGUGGGCAAGAGCAUGGCCCAGCUCCACCCGCCAUGCACCAUCGCCAUCUCCGGACAACAGUGCGACACCCAUGUUUCUUCCGACGCUGAGAUCGUAUCUGACUCCUCAAACUACGGCCACCGGCGUCCACAAUCUGGAUGCACUAGGCCAAGUCUUAGUCCUGCAUGGGCUUAUGUCCAUUGCCUGGGACAUGCAAAGACGGGACCAGACUUCGCUUGGUGUCGUGUCCACUACUGGCCCGGCGUCGUGGAAGGACUUGUUAGGCAAAGGAUACGAUCGCUGGAAAGCCGAUUUCGACUUGUACUGUCAUCACGCAGCACUGACUUCGGCUGAGCCAGGUGGUGCUUCUGAUUCCGAGUGGCCAGCCUUCUCCGCCGCCUACAGGGCCGUCUACCACGCGGCUCAAGCACUGCUUCACAUGGACUUCCUUGACGUGCAGAUCUAUGCGGGCGCCCGCCACAUUCUGGGAAGACCCGUUCAGCAACAAGACUAUAUCCGCUCAUCGCGCGUGGUUAAGCGUUGGGCGUCCAACAGUAGAGAGCGAGCUGCGACCGCGGCUUGGCAUGGUGCGGCGAUGCUCGGCGAUCUCAUGACGAGUGAUGGCAGCGCCAACUCCGGUGGGCCAGGCAAACCUAUCAUGGAGUCUUCUCACUUGACGAGCCUAGGGCGCUUCGAAGAUGAAAGCCACUUCGAAGAUGAUGACAGUGACGGCAGCGACGAAAUCGUCUGGGAUUCAAAGAAGGAGAUGGAUGAUCUGGUCGCAGGGAUGGCGGGCUCAAUGAGAGAAGUUAUAAUGAACCAAGGGAGGAAACGAACGAACGGGCUGGUCUGGGUUGUCGCAGAUGUGCUUUCAAAAGUCAGGUGGGGCAUCGUGCAUGCUGGAGUUGUGGUUCUACGCGGCCUUGUCCCAAUGCGCCUGAUAAAUCACCGCCACAUGUCUGAUGCAGUACCACCAUUUCAAUCUUCACGUGACCUGCAGCUAUCCGACCCACCAAAAGGAUAUAAACAAUACGAAGGGCUCUACGACAAUGCUCCGACCCCAGGCCGCCAAGGCCGUCACUGCGUUGCCGUUAGAGACCUGAUCUUCUCCAGUAUGCGUGAUGAAGUCUUCAAGACAUUUUCGACAUCGAACUCGAUGCCAUGGCAGGAAAUGAUCCGUUCAAAUGCGGGCGACAUCUACAAGGGUGAAAGAGGUGUAUACCUUCACAUAAUCGAGGGCAGAGACAACAAAUGGCGUUUCUUCGUCGGGCAGGCGGAGGACAUGUCAUACCGCGUCCGCCGACAGGACCAAAACUUCCGCUACCGUCGUGACAAGCCCUCUUUUCACCAUUUCGCUAUGCAUAACAGCCGAUGGGAUUACUUUUUUGUGCUAGCGGUGCUGCCGCCGGGUCCAACUGCCGCCGGGUUUAGCAGGCGGGAGCAGGCACUUUUGUUAAAUAUGCUUCAGAUGUGGUGCACACUGUUGUUCAGCACGGUUCAAAUUAGCACGAUGGCGCAGUGGCAUGAGUACGGUGUGAAAUCCUUGAAUAUCGGGAGGCCUUGGUUUGGUUUGAAUCUUGAGUGUCCGCUUGAUAAGGGUGGGCCAGUCAAAUACGUCAAUUGGGGACAGUUUUUGAACCGGAGUGAUGAUCCGCUGGCAAACGAUUUUCUGCUAGAGAUGUCGAACAGGAAGCAAGAGUCGACACAAGGACCCGGGUUUGUAUUCGGCCUAAUGCGGGAUGUCAUAAUCAAUGAAGAUGGAAAUGAGCUACCCGGAGCGUUCCACUUGUGA